CGGGCCGCACGGCGAGGGGCUGUGGGGGAGCUCUCCUCUCCCCCAGGAAGAGCCAUGGACCCCCCAGGACCCCCCCAGGCCACCUAGACGUGUCCUCAACCAGCACCACCACCUCCCCCUCGGCCACCUCACCCCGAGGGCAGCAGGAUGGCCCAGCAGCGCCACGCCGUCCCCCCACCGCUCAAGACGGAGGAGGACUACAUCCCCUACCCCAGCGUGCAUGAGGUGCUGGGCCGGGAGGGGCCGUUCCCCCUCAUCCUCCUGCCGCAGUUUGGGGGUUACUGGAUCGAGGGCACCAACCACCAGCUGAGCGGAGCACCCGAGUCCCCCCCCACCCCGGCACCCGGCACCCGGGCAAGGCUUGAGGGCAACCACACGGCCAAGAUCUACCGCAAGCACUUCUUGGGCAAGGAGCACUUCAACUACUACUCCCUGGACCCGGCGCUGGGCCACCUCGUCUUCUCCCUCAAGUACGACGAGCAGGAGCACCUCCACCUGCUGCUGCGCACCCGCGCCCGCACCCUGCACGACGUGGUGCCCAUCUCCUGCCUGGCCGAGUUCCCCAACGUGGUGCAGAUGGCCAAGCUGGUGUGCGAGGACGUCAACGUGGAUCGCUUCUACCCCGUGCUCUACCCCAAGGCGUCCCGCCUCAUCCUCGCCUUCGACGAGCACGUCCUCAGCAACCACUUCAAAUUUGGGGUCAUCUACCAAAAACUGGGGCAGACGUCGGAGGAGGAGCUCUUCGGCACCACGGAGGAGAGCCCGGCCUUCGCCGAGUUCCUGGAGGUGCUGGGGCAGCGGGUGCAGCUGCGGGACUUCAAGGGGUUCCGGGGGGGCCUGGACGUGACCCACGGGCAGACGGGCAGCGAGUCGGUCUAUUGCCACUUCCGCGACAAGGAGAUCAUGUUCCACGUCUCCACCAAGCUGCCCUACACCGAGGGGGACGCCCAGCAGCUGCAGCGGAAGCGUCACAUCGGCAACGACAUCGUGGCCGUCGUCUUCCAGGACGAGAACACCCCCUUCGUCCCCGACAUGAUCGCCUCCAACUUCCUCCACGCCUUCGUGGUGGUGCAGCUGGAGCAGGGCGGCCCCCGGGGCACCCUCUACAAGGUCUCCGUCACCGCCCGCGACGACGUGCCCUUCUUCGGCCCGCCGUUGCCCGACCCCGCCGUCUUCAGGAAGGGCCCCGAGUUCCAGGAGUUCCUGCUGACGAAGCUCAUCAACGCCGAGUACGCCUGCUACAAGGCCGAGAAGUUCGCCAAGCUGGAGGAGCGGACGCGGGCGGCGCUGCUGGAGACGCUGCACGAGGAGCUGCAGGCCCGCAGCCAGGCCAUGCUGGGGCUGGGCCCCGACGACGAGCGCCCCGACAACGGCGCGGCCGCCCCGGGCUUCUUCGAGUCCUUCAAGUCGCUGCUGGUGCCCGGGAGCCGGCGGGGACGCCGCGGCAGCGCCAUCGGGCUGGGCUCGGUGGAAGAGGCGCUGCUGGUGCCCGGGAAGAGCCCGUCGCGGCGGCGGCCCGGCCCGCUGGGCUCCCGCCGCUCCAGCGCCAUCGGUAUCGAGAGCAUCCAGGAGGCGCCGGCCGGCAGGGACGGCCCCGCCGCCGCCGCCCCCGAGGGCGCCUGCUCCGCACACAGCUCCCCCGAGAGCCGCCGGCACCCCGACAGGGCCGAGAAGCCGGAGCCGCCGGAUUUCUCCCGCUCCUCUUCCAGCGCCAGCAGCUUCGGCAGCGCCGCCGAGGAGCCCAGCGAGCCGGGCAGGGAGAGCCGCUCGCCCUCGGGGACCCACCGCGACGCCUUCACCGACACCCCCUGGCAGGAUGACCCCCCCGGUACCCCCCCAGGUCGUCACCCCCCCGACCCCCCCUGCCCCGAGAUCAAAAUCCAGCUGGAGCGGCCCCCCCAGAAUGCGGGCUCAUAGGCCCCCCCCCCCCGCCAUCCCGGGGUGGGGGGGGGGGUGUCACCACUUCGUCACCACCCCCCCCCACCCACCACCGUGUGCCACCCCCGUGCCAGGAGCCGAAGCCAUCGUCCCCGGUGCAGGAUUUGGGG